CCAUCAGUUAUAAAUAAGUAGUAUAAGCGCAACUGCCUGCAUUAUUGUGUUAGUGCGACAGCAACUUUCCAACUUGAACUCCGUUUCAAACCACAAGACACAGCGAACAAUUUAUGCACCGGUUAGUUGUCCGUGAUACACCGUCGGUGAAAGUACGGUUUUUGUACGAUUUUUUGGUAACGUGGAUCUUUCUGUAACAAUAUAUCAAACCUAACCGCUCACUGAAUACUCCUCGCAAUGGAAACCGCUACUGCUACUUCUCUUAAGGACUACAAAAAAGUCGGAGUUGACCUCAAAACUCAGUUGGAGAGCUUUAACACGGGAAAUCUUUCGAAAGCAGACACUCAAGAGAAAAUAGUGUUGCCUACCGCUGAAGAUGUCCAAACUGAGAAAACCCAGAAAAGCCUGUUCGCCGGCAUAGAAUCGUUUGAUUCUUCUAAAUUGAAACACGCUGAAACAUGCGAGAAGAAUCCGUUGCCUGAUAAAGAAGCCAUUCAACAAGAGAAAGGACAACAGAAGUUCAUUUCAGGUAUUGAGUCGUUCGAUACUUCCAAAUUAAAACACACAGAAACGUGUGAAAAAAAUCCAUUGCCAACCAAAGAAACUAUCGAGGAAGAGAAGAAAGCAUAAAUCCGUAUGGAGAAGAUAAGAUCAUUUCUUUUUACCACAUUGUAAUACCACUAAGAAUGUCUACUUUUGGACAUAAUUAUAAUUGUGAAGUGUCAAUAAUUGUCAACUAAUUUUAUGAAUAACCGAUAUCAAUGCUUUUUCCAGACAAAAAAAUGUCAGCAAUUGAGAUAUUUUGUUAGUAUUAUUUUCUAAUUUUCAUGAUGGACGAAUUAGGACAGAUAGAAAUCAGGUAAUUUCAGAACGGUGCAUUUCGAAGCAAUGUCAGUGAGAUUGAAAACUAUCAAACAGUAUAAGGUAAUACGAAGACAAAAAAACAUUCAUCUAUCAUGGGUAAUCCAUCAUGCUCUGAUAUUUGAAUUGUAUGCUUCUAUGUGCCAGGAAACAUUUACAUAAACACCUACGAACAUCUAAAAAUGCUUGAUUGAAAUAUAUACGCUAAAGAAGAAGGUUGUAUGCUUCACACAUGGAUAAAUUAACGAAACACUUAGCAGGAACUAUUCCGAUCGAAAAGACUAAAUUUUUUACAGAAAAAAGCCUAGCAAUAGUUUUUGAUACUAACAAAUAAAAAAUAUAUAUAGAAAAA